AUGUUUCAUGACAAAUUCCGCUCACUAGUGACCAUCGGUGCUUCAAUAACUCUUUUAGCACUCGCAUUUGAGCCUUUCGUUCAACAAAUUAUCGCAUAUCAUAUCAAGGAGGUUGAACAUCCCUCAAAUGCGACCAAGAUCAAGCAAUCGCGCUUCUUUAUACCCAACUAUGAGAGUCUUGACUACGUAUCGGCUUUUCAAAAUGCAUUUUGGACCAGUGAUUUCGGUUAUGAUCUACCUUGCCCGUCAGGUAACUGCAGAUGGCCAACAUUCCAAUCGGUUGAGCUAUGUAACAAAUGCGAAGAUGUUACCAAUAGCGCGCAGCUCCACGGAUGCGAUACCUCUUCAAUUAAUCUUCAAGUUGACGUUGAAUACACUCAAUUUAAGGCAAGUUAUUCCCCGUGUAAUGUUUCAUUACCGGAUGGACCAUGGUCGCAGACACCAGUGGAGGUCGACAUCGUAGGUAGGUCCAAUGGCCUGAAGCAGGUCUAUUUCGGCUAUCCCCAGGAUGUCUGGCUUCUUGACCAUCAGGAUCUCUUGUCUGGCCCAGGUGGAAAGUAUCGUUUGUCCAACAAAACAUAUUUAGGCGUGCAAAACCCUAUAGUUGUAUAUGGACAUUCCCAAAUCACCCUCGAGAGCAAUUGGGCCAAUGCAACCUUCCAACACCCCGUACUGACUCCUCGUAUCGAGAAAGCCACUGAGUGUCUCUUGUCCCUCUGCCUAAAAACCUAUAAUGUGUCAGUCAACGACGGAAUUUCAUCAGUUACGCAAUCAGAGCCCAACUUUGGCUCAUUCUGGGUCCAAAGAGAGAAGGAUUUGCCAACCACCUUUGGUCUAGAUCCCACCACCAUAUGUUGGAAACCAAAUUCAGAGCCCUUGACAGACCUGACCACGAUUGUUUACAGAAAUGAUACUGUGGAGGUCAUGAACUCUGCUCAACAUGAAUUUUGCGACUACGAUGUCUCUGGUCAAUGGUGGUCAAUGUACCUCCAUCAAAACCUGGAUAUGUCAGGCUAUACCCAGGCGAGGUGGACCUUUGAAAACAACUCGCAGCCAUUGAGCAGAGCAAAUUCGGGGGUUUCCAAUGCUCCACUGCCAUCAAAAGAACUUCGCAAGAUCGUUGAGUCAGGCCUAGAGCAAGUGAUGAAAAAUCUAGCGGCAUCGCUUUCAAAAUAUGCCCGCAACCUCAGCAACGCAACAAUCAGUGGAACUUCGUCAAGCCCGGAGUAUUAUGUUGUUGUCAACUGGGCUUGGCUAACGCUUCCGGGUGUACUUAUCUUACUUGGGAUCAUUCUUCUUGUCUCAACUGCACUCACAAACACACAUCAGAAGAUGGGUCUCUGGAAGUCAUCUGUCCUUCCGUUUUUGUACCAUGGACUUGAAGACUCUUUAAUCGAGAGGGAUCAAAUUGAGUCUCUGAGCAGAAUGGGACAAGCUGCCGAUGAAGUCAAAGUUAGGUUGGCUUAUUCAGAUAUGGAGGGAAGAUCAAUUCUUCGGUGGGAUCCCAAGAUAUCUAAUCCUAUUUAA